AAAUUUUGGCGGUCGACACCUCUCAGUCUUCAUGGCCAGUUUCUGGUAUUUCCUUGCUGCAGUGGUAGGUGUGACCAUUUUGGCUGUUGGAGAAGCCGUUAACAUGGUCAAUGGCACCGUCUGUUUUAAUUGUCCUGACACAGCUAGUCCUGGAACAUGUGAAAAAGUGAUUGUCUGUAAUUACGAUGAGACUUGUCUAGCUAGAUUGGUCCUUACAGAAUUGUUUCAAGAGCGGUAUCAACUUCGAUGUGAGAAAAAACAUGUUUGUCAGGAUUCUGUAGGAAGGCAGUUUCAUGGACAUCCUAAAUCGCUACUUGUUGCUUUCGGUAAGAGACAGUUCCAGUUUCCCCUAACGGAAUGCCAAUACUGCUGUGACGAUAACUUUUGCAACAACAAAGAAUGCGUGAAAGGGACACAUGGCCAAUCAGGAUUUUUUAUCUGUUUCAUUGCAGGUGCUCAAGGACACCUCGUUGGUUAAUGUAAUUUUUCUCAAAUCUUCGAAUAAAUAUGAAAAUUGUA